CCAAAAGUCAAAUGUCAAAUCUCAGAGCUGAAACUUGAAAGUUAAACUUUUAACUUUAUCCAAAUUUAGAAUUCGUGUUGAAACUUGAAAUCAACCAUGUCGAAGAAAAGAGCAAAUAAGAAAAAUCAGGAACUAGACGAGGAGUUCGAGGAGAAAAAAUCUUCGAACGAUACUCAAGACAUAACCUCAAAGACCAAGGGUAAGGGCAAAAAGAAAGGUAAAGGGAAUAAGGACUUAAGUGACGAUGAGGAUAUAGUGAAGAAACCACAAAUAUCAGACGAGGAGGAUGUGCCUAAGCCAGUUAAAAAGUCACAAAAGAAAGCUAGUAAAAAGAAAGGCGGUGGGGACCCGUCUGAUGACGAGGAUGAUAACAAGUCACUUGUUAGUAAUGCUACAAGUACUGCAUCUAAAUCAGCUGCUAAACAGAAUAAGAAAAAGAAAGGUAAAGGCAAGAAAGAUGAUGAUUGGUCGGAUGGUAACAGUGAUGAAGAGACCAAAGAGAUUUCAGAUGAAGAAAUAGCUAAACCUGUCUCAAAAAAGAAAGCUAAAAAUAAAAAGAAAGUGGUAGCUGCUGAGUCGUCAGAUGAUGAGGAUCAAGAUGAUGCAAAGUCUGUAGUGAGCAAUGUGUCCAGUAAUGCCCCACCACCUGUUAAGGCGAAAGGGAAGAAAGGUAAAGGCAAGAAGGAUGAUUGGCCGGAUGAGGAAAGCGAUAAGGAGUUAAAAACAGAGUCAGAAGAUGAAGAUGUACUGAAACCUGUUGUUAGAAGCAAAAUGAAACAGAGAAAGAAAAACAAUAUAGAUAACAUUGAAGAAGAAUUAAAAAAAUUUGAAAUAAAGGAAGAAGAACCAGAACCGGAGGAAGAACAAGAAGAAACAAAGGCAUCAGAAGAGAAAUCAGAGCCGGCAGAAAAGAAAAUGAGCCAUAAAGAGAAGAAGAAACUAAAGAAACAGCAAGAGUAUGAGAAGCAAGUGGAGCUCCUCACUAAGAAGGGAGGGCAGGGCCACAGUGACCUGGACGCCAACUUCACAGUCAGCCAAGCACAGAAAUCUGCAGGUCAGAUGGCGGCACUCGAGAACGCGGUCGAUAUAAAAGUGGAAAACUUCUCGAUAAGUGCCAAGGGCAAAGAUUUGUUCGUCAACGCGAAUUUGCUCAUUGCGAGCGGUCGUAGAUACGGCUUGGUCGGGCCGAACGGCCACGGCAAGACGACGCUGCUGAGGCAUUUGGCGCAGCGUGCCUUCCCGCUCCCGUCGCAUAUAGACAUCCUGUUGUGCGAGCAGGAGGUCACUGCCAACGACACGAGCGCUGUGGAAACUAUCCUGGAAGCAGAUGUUAAGAGGACGGAGCUACUAAAAGAAUGCAAGGAGUUAGAAGCUGAAAUCGAAAAGGGGGCACUUAAAAAGCAAGAUCGAUUAAACGAGGUGUAUUCCGAGCUAAAAGCAAUAGGCGCGGACUCUGCGGAACCCCGCGCUCGACGUAUUCUCGCCGGUUUAGGGUUCAGCCGUGAAAUGCAGAAUCGAGCCACUAAGAAUUUCUCUGGAGGAUGGCGUAUGAGAGUUUCUUUAGCCAGAGCCCUGUACAUAGAACCUACGCUAUUACUACUUGAUGAGCCUACGAAUCAUUUAGAUCUGAACGCUGUGAUUUGGUUAGAUAACUAUUUACAAGGUUGGAAAAAGACUCUACUAGUCGUAUCUCACGACCAAUCGUUCUUGGACAACGUGUGCAACGAGAUCAUUCACUUGGACCAGCAGAAGCUGUUCUACUAUAAGGGAAAUUAUUCGAUGUUCAAGAAAAUGUACGCACAAAAGCGAAAAGAGCAGAUAAAGGAGUAUGAGAAGCAGGAGAAACGUUUGAAGGAGAUGAAGGCGCACGGACAAUCUAAGAAGGCUGCAGAAAAGAAACAGAAAGAAGUAUUAACCCGCAAGCAAGAGAAGAACCGAAGCAAAUCUCAGCGCGAAGAGGCGGAGGACGGCGGUGCGCUGACCACUCUGUUACAGCGACCGAAGGAGUACCUCGUCAAGUUCUCCUUCCCGGACCCGCCGCCUUUACAGCCGCCUAUACUGGGCUUGCACAAUGUGGACUUCAACUUCCCUGGGCAGAAGCCUCUGUUCAAGCAAGUGGACUUCGGCAUCGACCUCAACACUCGGAUAGCCAUCGUCGGCCCCAACGGCGUGGGCAAGUCGACCUUCCUCAAGCUUCUAGUGGGGGAGCUGAGUCCCAUUCGUGGGGAGUUGAUUAGGAACCAUCGGUUGAGGAUCGGUCGCUUCGACCAGCACUCGGGUGAGCACCUGACCGCGGAGGAGUCCCCGGUGGAAUACCUCCAGCGCCUCUUCGGCUUGCAAUACGAGAAGGCGAGGAAAGCGCUCGGCACGUUCGGCCUCGCGAGUCACGCGCAUACCAUCAAGAUGAAGGAUCUGAGCGGAGGGCAAAAGGCGAGAGUGGCGUUGGCUGAACUUACGCUUAUGGCUCCCGAUGUUGUCAUUCUGGAUGAACCGACAAACAACUUGGACAUCGAGAGCAUCGACGCGCUGGCGGAGGCCAUCAACCAGUACAAGGGCGGCGUGGUCAUCGUGUCUCACGACGAGCGCCUCAUCCGCGAGACGGACUGCGCGCUCUACGUCAUUGAAGACCAGACCAUUAACGAGGUCGAUGGAGACUUCGACGAUUACCGCAAAGAGCUUCUGGAGAGUCUCGGAGAGACCAUCAACUCGCCUUCCAUCAUCGCCAAUGCGGCUGUGCAGCAGUGAAUCAAUACUUAAUGGAUGCGCUGGCGCAGAAAACGGUGGAAUCACACUUAUGAUUAAAAUGAUGUUUCUUUCAUCCGAACCUUUUUGGCCCACUGAAUACGAUUUUUUUUCAAUUCCAUAACAAGUUAGCCCUUGAAUGCCAUCCACCUGGUGGUAAGCGAUAGUGCAGUCUAAGAUAAAAAACGUCAUUGUUACCCAUUUUCUUCAGAACUUAUUGUAUUUGUCUUACUGAAUAAAUUCAUUAAUUAUUAUAAAAAUCAGUCUUAUGGAUCGUGGAUCUAAAUUAAACCAAAUUUAGCACAAUAUCUCACUCUCACUUUGAUGAGAGAGAUACGUUAGAAAUAUUAUCAAAAUUUGUUGACGUCUAACGUUUAAAUAACAACUUGCAAAUCAACUUUUUAGUAUGUAUGUACAUAGCUACUAUACUAUUAUUGUACUACUAAUACAUACUUGUAACAUGUCUGGACUUGCGAUUCCAGACAUGUUUUUGAAGGAACGUGAUUUUCAUAAUUUAAAAAAAAUGUAAGGGUUGGGUUCCGUUUUUCCUUUUGAGGUACGGAACUGUAAAAA